AUGGCUAACUAUGCAGAAACUUUCGCCGCGUGGACAGCCAUCUGUCUGACGGACCAUACCCUCCUAGGCGACAACGUCACUGAGGAGGAUGUGAGGGCGCUGUGCCAAGAGGCUGUGAAAACGUGUCCUUUCGCAGCGGCAGUUUGUGUGCAUCCCCAUUUUGUAAAAUUCAUAAACGAACAUAUAAAAAAAGAAAUUGUGCCCUUCAAACCAAAAGUUGCCUGCGUGAUAAACUUCCCAGAGGGGAAGGAUCCCAUAGAGAAAGUAUUGGAAGAUACUUGCAAAGCAGUUAGUGAUGGGGUUGAUGAAGUCGACCUGGUGAUUAAUUACACAAAAAUUAUUGAGGACCCAAAGGCAGGGCUUCAUGAAGCUACUUUUUUAACGAAGGUUGUUAAAAAUAUCUUAAAGGAAAAGGUACUGAAGGUUAUAAUUGAAGUUGGGGCCCUCAAAUCCGAGGAUUUAAUUAUCCAGACAACCUUAGCUGUGUUGGAGGGAAAUGCCGACUUUGUCAAGACAUCAACGGGAAAGGCACAAGUCAAUGUGACACCCAGUACAGCCAAAUCUAUAAUCAAGGCAAUGAAACUCCACUUGGCAAAAAAUCCAGAAAAAAAAGAUAAAAUUGGACUAAAAAUUUCGGGGAGUAUAAAAGACCUCAGCUUGGCCAGCUACUACAUUUUGCUCGCCAGGGAUGUGUUUAAUGCCCUGACCUGCCACCCGAACCAUUUCCGCAUCGGGUCGUCGUCCCUUGUGCCCAGGCUCCGGAAAAUUAUUGAGAAGUGUCCUCCUUGUUAG